AUGUGCAUAAACCAUAUCAUCCGAGGCCCCUGCUGGUGCGACACCAACAACGGCCAAAACAUCACCUUGGACAUCCAAACCGAACAAUGUAAAUUUGUCAACCAGGGCAAUAUUCAUGAUAAAUAUUUUGUAUUUGAGAAUGAGUAUAAGCGUGGUGGUAGAUGUGAUAAGUGUAUUGGUGUUGCUUUGGAGAAGGAGAGGGAAGAGGAGGAGAGGAGGGAGUGUGAGAGGGUGGAGGCGGAGAGGAGGGAGGAGGAGAGGAGGGGGUGUGAGAUGAUGGAGAUGAUGGAGGUGGAGAGGAGGGAGGCGGAGAGGGUGGUGAGCGAUUGGGGGUUAGAUGAGGUGGGGAUGGAUGUGGAUGUGGAUGUGGAUGCUUGGGAGAUAGUUGGGCAGGACUUUCUUUUUCUAUGGAAUUAG